AUGCCUAACGGUUACAGAAAUCAGCCAAUAUCAGGAUUCACCGGAUAUAUACCUGGCGCAAAAUGGCAGGUCGGAAGUCGCUACGUUGCCGGCUCACGGGAAAACAGUGGAUUCUCAAAUAGGAAUGCUUCGGUACCUGAAGGCUCACAAUAUCAAACACCAAAUGCGACGAAUCAAAAUUUUUCUGCUGAGAAUAGAUCAAUGGCAAUGGGUGCAGGAGAUGAACAAAUGAGAAACUUUACGGAAAUGACGAAUGACGAACUUCGCGAAAGGCUAAUGAAAAUGCAAAUGGAUAUGCAGAACCUUCAAAUGGCAAUGAGUAUGCAGAACCAGCAACAACAACACUCUGGCGCUAACGGCGGAGAUGGCUCCUCCAGGAAUGCGGUUAAUUUUGGAGACCCAUCCGGACGAAUGGACAGAAGAACAGAAUAUGAAAAUGGGCAAAGAGGUGGUGGUGGACAGCAGGAGCAACUGAAACAAAGAAGCAAGAGUAUGCCAAGAAAAAUCGAAAACAAUCCGUUUGAUGGAAUCGAAAGUGGAUGGUGGAGUAAAGGAGAAGUGAAGAGGAAUCAGGUUGGUACCACAGAAAGAAAGGCAACUGAAACGAAUGCGUAUUUGACGCUUCGCUUCUUCAUUCUCUUUAUUUUUUUUUCGAACAAAAAAGCUCAAGCUCGAUAUUUCAAGGAGCGGCGGGAAAUUGCGAACGGCGGACAAAUGGUGAGCGGCGGCAAUUGGAACCAAUGGCCGCCAAGUCGUCAGCGAGUUUCAAGAAGAAUUGGAGCACUCGAGAAGGAUGAGACGGAAGACAUUCCAACAGCUGGGUAUAGCGGGCACAUUCAAGGACUUCGUCAACUUGGAGUUGGAAAACCAUUCAACGUAGCAGCGAAGCAGGCUAAAAAAGAGUACAUUGAACGGAGAAGAACGUACAGUGGUAGUCGAGAUGCUCUGAAUGCUCGUGGUCGUGGUACACAAUUCAGCGAGGAAGUGCUCUCCGCCAACCCGGUUAAGCUUCCCGACAAUCGCUUCUGA